GCGCAAGCGCACCGUCCCUCAGUGAAAGUCGCGCGCAUGUUCUACGUUUUCGUGUGCCAACAUCUUCGUCUAGUUAUUGUUUGUUGGUUGCGCCAGUGCAGCGGGGAAAGGAGGUCGAAACUUGUCCGCAACUCUGGUAACAUACUGCAGUAUUAUAUGGAACGUUAUCUUGAAAAUGGUGUAGUAGUAACAGACAUGCAGUUUAAAUAAAACUGUGUUUGAAAGCUUUUGGAGUGCACUUAUAUCGAGCAUGAUGAGUGGAAGUGAGCCCACGCUGACAGAGCCGCCCGUACCGCUGGCGCUGGCUCGGCUGCAGGGCCGGCCGGGGCGCGCACCGCGCGGUCUUCGAUCGCACCGCCCCAGCCUGCCUCUCGCCAGCCUGCAGGAGUCCAUAGACGAGACUCCGCGGCGCUUUAGCGACGAACCUUUCGCGCCUGAUACAGAUGAUGACGAAGCAUUUUCCGAUAUGAUACUCGCUGACCCGCCAAGAACGGCGGCUAACGGUCGGCGAGCUUCUGACGCAGCAUUCGCUGAACGAUAUAGACAGCUGAGCGAUUUCGACGGCCCUCCGCCUGAUCCCCCCCGUCGGGCUUCAUUGUCAGUGUCCGUAGGGGCAGAGGGGUUUAGUGACAAAGGUCGCCGUCGAUCCUGGGCGGCACGCCUGCAACUGGAGCGUAAGAAGAGACGAAAAUCAGGAGGAGGGAACGAUACUGACGAGGAAAGUGACACCCCUGUAUACAUACGGCAAAAAAGGCCAUCUUGGUGGAAUGUAUUCGUGCCUGAUAACAUCAAAAACAGGUCUAGGCGGGCGUCGCAGCAGCUGUCGCGGAGUGCCGAGAGUAUCGACCAGUCCUUCAAAAGGUCAAAAAGUCGGUCAGUGGAUCAUGGGUUCGCGGCCGCGUUCGAGCUGGACUCCCUGCGCUCCAAGGUGGAGGACAGGUUCAACGCUGUCCACAGAGAUGAGGAUGAACACGCCAAACGACUACCACCUCCGCCGCCGAUUAAAACUAUUACUUACACGGUCAGGGACCGCGACACGUUGACGUCGCUGGCGGCCCGCUUCGACACCACGCCCUCCGAGCUGACCAAGCUGAACAGGCUCGCCACACAGUUCAUCUUUCCCGGACAACGGCUGUUGGUACCGGACAAGAAGAAAGGUGGCGAUAAGGACUCUGAUGGUCCCUCGGAGAGCGGGGACAACACGUCGGAGUCAACAGUGGGCCCGCCCAGCGAACCUGCACAAGAAAAAGAGAUCCUGGACAGCCUGCGGCCCGUGUCGCCGGAGGCGCCGACCAGCAGCAGCGCCCCGCAGCGCUUCCUCAAGAUCAACGUGCGUCACAUCACAGACGGACAGGUUGGAGUUGGGUUGCAGGGCGUGGUGUCGGGCGUGCUGCUGGUGACGCCGAACGCAGUGAUGUUCGACCCGAACGUGUCGGACGCGCUGGUGAUGGAGCACGGGCCCGAGUCGUACGGGGUCAUCGCGCCCAUGGAGUACGUCGUCAACGCGGCCAUCUUCUAUGACAUCGCGCACAUGCGCACGCACGGACCCGACCAAAACACUAACAAGGCAGAGACAGCUGAAAUAUACUACAUGAAUAAAUCCGAACAUUCGCCAGGAAAGGAUUCUCUGCUGGUCAAGGACGAGACGUUCCCAGAGCUGCAGGCAGCCAACGGCGAGGGCGAGGGUGGCCCGGGCGACGAGCGGCCCGGCUCCGGCGACCCCGAGGACCGCGGCGGCGCCGCCUUCCCCAAGGCCUUUGAGCGCGAGCUCGUCACGCCCACCGCGCUCCAGCAACAAUCGACUGAAGAGAGGCGGAAGUCCCUUUUGGAUCACCACUGGGCUAUCCCAAGCAAAGACAGGAUGUCCAUCGACCAAGGAAGCGAGAGUGACGACGUGUUCCAGGUAUCAUCCAGCACUGACCACAAAGACGAAGGCGGCGAGGCCGCCGAAGGAGGCGCAAGCGUCGAGGGCGCCGAGCCCGGGUCCGGCACCGAGGCCGACGAGGCGAGCGCCGAGCCCGGGUCCGGCACCGAGGCCGACGAGGCGAGCGCCGAGCCCGGGUCCGGCACCGAGGCCGACGAGGCGGGCGACGAGGCCGGGCCGCAGCCCGCCAACGCGCUGCACCUCGUCAAGCUGUCCUACCACGACUCGGGCAUCGACAUCCGCGACCCGCUGCUGCAUGUCACUCCCGCCAAGUCUAAGAAGGUGUACAGCGACGCCGACAUAGUGCUGUCGGCGGAGUGGGUCCCGCCGGUGUGCCUGCCGCGCGGCGACCCGCCGCUGUCGGCGCCGCCGCUCGGCGAGGCGGAGCGCGCGCCGCGCAAGCCCGCCGCCGUCUCCUUCUCGCUCGACGGCAACAACCAGAAGGAGGACGCGAACAAGCCCGACAAGAAGAAUAAGAUGCUGAAGCGGCUCUCGUACCCGCUGUCGUGGGUGGAGGGCCUGACAGGCGAGGGCGGCGCGCCGGGCGCCGGCGAGUCGCUGCCCGCCUCCGACACGCACAACACCAGCGUCUUCUCCAAAGUGUUCAACAGCUCGCCAAUGAACCUAGUGGAGUUCGGUACUGGUUUGUUCCUGAGUAAAACCCCCUCCGAAGAGGCGCCGCACGACGCGCUCGCCGCCCCGGGGCGCAGCUCGCUGGGCGGGUUCGGGCGCGCGACGCCCAAGCCGCCGGCCGGCGCGCAGCCGCGCCUCGACUACCGCAGCAUGGUCUCAGUCGACGACAUGCCCGAUCUCUUCGCUUCUUUUGACAAGCUAAUCCCGCGGCCAGCGCGGCCCAGCGACGACCCGCCGCUGUACCUGCGGCUCCGCAUGGGCAAGCCGGCGGGCCGCCCGCUGCCACGCACCACGCCGCUCAUGUCCUACGGCCGCAAACGCAUGAAGCCCGAAUACUGGUUCGGUGUUCCCAGAAAUAGGGUGGACGACUUAUUCAAGUUCCUGACACACUGGGUGCCGGACCGGUAUGGGCCACUGGGCGACGUGUCCGCGCAGGGCUACGAGCUCAUCGACUCGGACACCGAGUGGGACGAUGACGAUCACAAGCCACACAAGGGCGAGCGCACCGGCAGCUCGGGCGACGUGUCGGACAUCACUCGCGAGUCCUGGGAGCUGCUGAAGGCGCCGUAUGUGAAAAUAUAUUCGAUAAUGAAGAGCCAGGCGGAGGCGCUGGGCGACUCGCUCGGCGAGGAGCCGCGGCCCGAGGUGCUGUCGAUGAGCGAUGAGCUGCGACGCGCGCUGUACUCGACGGGCUCCUCCGUCGACAUGGAGUUCUCGCCGCCCGACCUCAUCGGCACUUCCGAGAUUUUUACCAUGGAACACAGAGAGAAGCUGUGCAGCGUGCUGCCGGCGCGCGCGCAGGGCUACAUGUGGUCGCUGGCCUUCAGCACCAGCCAGCACGGCUUCUCGCUCGCCUCCAUGUACCGCAAGAUGCAGCGCGUCGACAGCCCCGUGCUGCUCGUCAUACAGGACACACAGAACAAUGUGUUCGGUGCGCUGACAUCGUGCGCGCUGCACCCGUCCGAGCACUUCUACGGCACGGGCGAGUCGCUCCUGUUCUCGUUCCAACGCGUGGACGAGCGGCGCGCGUCCACCGACGAGCCGCGCUCGACGUCCGCGCCCGCGCCCGCGCCCGCCGCCGCCCCCGCCCUCUCCCUCCCACCCGACGUCACCGUCGACGCCGAUGAAAAACACGAUCAAACGCCACCGGUGAAAACCAAAUUUAAGUAUUGGGGUUGGACAGGCGACAACAUGUAUUUUAUUCGUGGCAGCAACGACAACAUCUCCAUUGGCGCUGGCGACGGCAAGUUCGGGCUGUGGCUGGACGGAGACCUGUACCUGGGCCGCACGCAGCGCUGCACCACGUACGGCAACGAGCCGCUAACGACGCGCGAGGACUUCAUAGUCAAGAUCAUGGAGUGCUGGACCUUCAUCUGAGCGGCGCGCGCCGCCGCCACCGCCGCCUCCGCCGCGCCCGAGCCUCCGUCGCCGUCACGCCGCUCCAUUCUCAUACUUCACGACAUAAGCUUUAGACUAUCUUAUGAAAUUUGCUAUAAAGAUUUGACAUUUUUACAAGUCAGUCUUUUCGACUGUAGUACCGAUGAGUCCGAGUACGAUUUUGUACUCGCAUCGUGACUCAAUUGGCGUAGAAUGACAUCGAUAGGCCGCAACGAAGACAAUAUACGAAACUUCUAAGCGCAUUUCUAGUCAAAUGUACUAAAGUAAACCUGACCAAUGUUUUGAUUCUCUUCGAAUUUAGUGGCGUGUUCUGAUGGAGCGUCGACCCGGGGCCGGGCGCGGGCGACCUCUCGCGAGUAGAGCAAGUGCAUUAAUCCUAGUCAAUUGUCACUCGUAUCUAAGUUGACGGUUUGUAGAAGAUGGCAGAGCUGCUAGCGCGCGAGCUCUGGAAUAGUUCGCAUGCGGCGCGACCGAGGCCGCCGGCUGCACCGCCACCAGCCCAAUACUGAUUACGUGUCAAUUCAUACAAUUACUAUUGUGCAUUGUUAUUAAGAAAAUAUUAAAAACGUAUUUGUUACGAUACAAUCAAUGUAUAAUGUUAUGUAGCAAGUUUUUAACUAAGGAACAGCCGUUUUAGUGAGGUGUUACGGGAAUUAUCAAAGGGCUUGCUGGUAGCAUACAGUGACGGUAUACAAUUUAGAGUUGCCUGGACUGACGGACGAUUUCCGUUCCGAUAGAGUUUAUACUGCUGAGCACAAGCCACUUCAAUUGAUGAGCGUUGCUCUCUGAACCAGGCACUGCCUAUUGCUGCCUGCACUGCCGCAAGUGUAUUUGUCGCUACAACUUAGCAGUCCAUUGGAAAAUUUACUCUUGAUUGAUCCAACUGACUUAGACCGAUUAAUGUCAUUGAUUCUCAAUGGAUCUGUACUGAACCAUUUUGUUAUAAUAUAUAUAUAUACUUUUUAUAUAUAACUUUAAGCACAGAAUGACCACGCCUGUGGUUAGUCCCUGCUCUUAAGCAUAAAUAUUUACUAGAGUUAUUUCUCAAAUAGACCACGUUCUCAGAAUAGAAACACUUAGAACAACAACUACCAUAUAUAAUAAAUAUUAUCGACAUCACUACAUUUCUAAAAAUAUCAUCCGCUUUCUAAAAUACGUUAUAAUUACUGCAACGGUAGUUUUUAGUGAGUUAUCAGUCUGGAAAUAGUCCGUCAAGUGGUGGAUCUAACGGCUUCGUUAAGCAACAGCCGUUUAUUUUAUCUGAACCCACAAGUCGGCUUACUGCACAUUCUCAAUUCUUCUAUUCAUAAGUGUAUUAUCUGGGACCAGUCCAGACGCUAAAAAUAAAUAUUAUAAAAGACACCAGUACACUGUUGCAGUCACAUGUCAUUGUAAUACAAGCCUACGAGCUGGGAUGUUGCGUUCCCGGACACUAAAUUUUCACGAGAGAGAAGAUGUAUUCCAUAGUGGAGUAAUGUUAACUGUUGCUCGUAAGAACUACAAGACGUGUCAAAUUAAUAGGUUUCAAAAAGUUAAACUAACUCAGAGGCUGGUAAAAAUUAAGAAUGUGCAGUUCAGUAUACUUCAAAGAGUCUGGAACAAUAUAACAUAUCUGAAUGUCUAUUACAUAUGCCAUUAUAAAUAAAAACUGUAGCACCUUCCCCUUUUUUAUAAUUUUAACAAAGAUUUAAUGUCCAUGGUUUAAUGCUUAAUGUUUCAUCACUACGAGUCAUAAUAAUUAUAUUAGUGAGCAUUACUGUUCUGUGAUUUUACUACCUACUCUGGUUUGUUGUCACUUGACGGUGAACAGCUAAGUAAGUUUAUUUUACUACCUACUCUGGUUUGUUGUCACUUGACGGUGAACAGCUAAGUAAGUUUAUUUUACUACCUACUCUGGUUUGUUGUCACUUGACGGUGAACAGCUAAGUAAGUUUAUUUUACUACCUACUCUGGUUUGUUGUCACUUGACGGUGAACAGCUAAGUAAGUUUAUUUUACUACCUACUCUGGUUUGUUGUCACUUGACGGUGAACAGCUAAGUAAGUUUAUUUUACUACCUACUCUGGUUUGUUGUCACUGUACUGAUGGUGAACAGCUGAGUAAGUUUAUUUUAAAGAACAGUUCACCAGCUUGUUCCAUUCAUUAUAAUAUUUUGACUUAGGCUAGACGUAAAAUUUGUUAUAUCAGAGUGUAAACCGUUAUUUUUGUCAUGUGCUUCAGUACAGAAAUAAGUAGCCGAUAUUUAAUAUUAAAUUAGUAAAAAAAUAGUUAUAUUAGAGGGCUUGAUGAAUAUAAUCGUCAUUGUGCUUAGUAAUCGUGUCACUAGCAUGAUGUUACUCAGAUUUAUCUGGUCGUAGAGCAUUACUUUUGUGGAGUGAGUGCGCUCCGAGCGCCGCCGACGCCGACGUGUCGAGCCGCCGCUUACACUACUUGUACGCUUUUCAUGUAUAUUACAGACUAUUCCUUUUUGAGAUUAUUGGAGUUAUAUUAUGCGAGAAGCCACGCAAAUUAAUAUUAUUGUGAUUACCUAUGUAAUAGUAGUAAAUAUAUUGUGAAGGAAUAUUUUGAAGCAAUGUGCAGGCAUAAUGAAAUACUUUAGUCCUAUCAGAAGCAAUAAUAUCGGAUAAAUGCAAUAUUUAAUAUAUACCGGGUGCUACGCUGCCACCCACGCAACCCGCGCCGGCCGCGUGCGCCGUGCAGUCGUCAUAUACAGAGAGAGCACAUUGUUUUGAGGGUGUCUGCAUAAGUUAUUAUUGUUACAAAUUUAUAAAUAAUUAGACUUGUUGAGUAGCUGUGACAAAUUUAAAUAUAUUUAUUUAUUCACUUUGAGUUUCACUAUAAGAUUAUUGUAGUUGCAUAAUUUUUGUGAUGAUUAUGUUAUUUAUAAGUUGUUAAAAUGUAAAGCAAAGCCAUAAUAAUUCAGAGUAUAUUAUUUUGAGAAAAA